ACGAUUUCAUGGUUCUCUUGGCAGAUGGCGUUGUCUUCAAUUCGGAAGCUGUAUUGUUUACCAAAAGAAGAGAAGAAGAAUCAAAGAGCAGCACGUACUUUUCUUGCGAUAAUCAGCUACUGGUGAUGUAAACACGUGAUAUUUUUUUUCCCUGACUAUUGGGUCGAAUCGUACGCUAGAGAAUGCAUCAUUUCCACAUGUUCGACGACAAAAAUCAUGUUCCUCCAUGGCACAAUGACUCGAUGGACGUGUCUAUCAAAGGUUGUUUUGUGGGUUAUGACACAGUUGCCUGUGUCCGAAGGAGCGUUUUGUCAGCACUUAUGGUAUUAACAUUCGUAUUGUGCUUAUUCAAAGUCGGACGCUUCCAUGCUGUACAUCAUGAGCAAAUUCAUCAUUAUGUCAUUUUCUACAUGGCACUUGUUGAGUGCAUUAUUUGUGUUGUUAACUGGAUGCUCAGCGGUCACUAUCCUGAACUUGAUUUGGGUGCCACAGCACUGAAGGUUCUACAACUUGUUACAUUGUGCCACUUCCAUUGGGUUCAAGCAUUCAGGAUCCUUCACAGGGAAACCAUUGCAAGAACUGUCUGGUUCCCUCUGAUGGGUAUUUUCUCAACUUACGUAGUUGCUGUUGCAGCGAUUGGCAUCCUAGAUGUGGGACCCAGCUGGACCGAAUGCCUCAAGCCCUAUUGGGUCAUGCUCUCAGCAGCAGAUUUUUUGGGUGUUCAGCUUUUCUUGAUAGCAGGCAUCUACAUUACCCGAAAAAUCAAUGAAGUUUCCACCUUAGAGUGUGUUAAGAAAACACAAAAAAGAAAUCUCUGGGCAGUAAUUUUUGCCUUCGAAGUCUCAGCCAUCACUGGAUUGGUUUAUGAUGUCACUAUCAAAAUAAUGGGGGAUGAGGUUGUUGGUUGCAGUGGAAUAUUUGCUCACACCCAGCUUAUCUAUUCUCCAGUUUUCUUCAUGUUCAUGAUCUUCAAAUUUUGCUUGCCAAUAUGGUCGUUGCUAGCUGUUCUCGAGCCUCUUCCAACCGGCAUAUCUUAUUCAGAAAUUUUAGCAACCAGUCACAGUGGCAGUUUGUCUGGUGCGUGCGGUGGCCACUCGGUUGGUUCGCCUUAUCGAGUUUUACGUAGCUACGUCUUUGAUGACAACGCACAUAUUUUGGGUUUGGGGGGUACGUCCCGAAGUCGGAGCAAUAGUGGUUCCACCAACUCUGAAAAUUCGGAAUUCUCCGCACGCCAUUUGUUCAACAGUCGUAUGAUGCCUACGCUCUACAUUCCAGGGCACGGGCACAUCCUGCCCCCAGCUCCUCGCCCGCCUGCUCAAGGAUGGAACAACCCUCGUGACUAUUGGCGAUCCCGUCAGCGAGUUAGCUCGUCCGGUCAACUAUCAGCCAUGGUACGAAAUCCAUCCUUAUCCAUCAUUUCAGAAGAAGCCAAUGGCUUGUCGACAGCAUCUCAACCACCAUCUGAUCUUCAACGUACCUCAACACCCGUGCCAAAUGGCGGCAAUCAAAGUUUGCUCGUCGACAUUCAUAUUGCAGAAGAUGAAAGCGUCGAAGAAGAAGAUGCGUAACAAAUCUCCUUGGCAUAGAGAAUCUAAUUAGUUUAUUUUUCAAACAGUUUUUUGGACCGUCGAGUAUUUGCGACACGUUCAAUCGCAAAUACUUAACCUCAAGUUUUUAAAGUCAUUUUAUUCCUUAGAAAAAAAAAAUGUGUAAUAUUUUGUUCUCUCUCGUCAGACAAAAAGUACCUCUCUAAACGUCGGGAUUAUUUCCCUCUUUCUUUUGACGAAACCGCUCAGAAUUUCGCAGUGUGUACGUUCUGUUGCAAUUGCCUUUUUUAUAAAAACUAACGAGCUAGUUGUGAUAAUCCGUAACUUCCUCUUCGUGCGGAAUCGCCGAAUUUGUUGCUUUCAGUCAAAUCGCGAUAUAUGUAAUUCCCCUCCCUCGUCUCUCUAGAUUCAAUUCUCAUUUAAACUCGGCCUCUUUACUUCCUCUGUUGUUUACCUUAAAUGAAUUCGCUGAAAUACAUGCCGAUGCUGGUCAAA